AUGUGGGACUUUGUGCAAGUCGCUGUGGUGGUGACACGUGUCAUGGAGAGUAGUUUUGGCAAUUUGGGAGCUUCGGCAGGUGCUUGGCACCUCAGAAGAGUGUCUUCCUUGGGCAUGAGAGAAGGCAUGUCUGCCUUUGGUGUUAGUCGCUUUGAGGCUGGAUAUGCUCGGUUGAUUAUGGUGUAA